AUGUCUCGUUCAGGAGCUGCUACCUUCAAAAAGACCUCUGGUAUCUUAACUAUUGAUGAGGAUGUUUCCCCUUCAGAGCUUCUGUGGAGAUCGACCGAUGGUGACAAGACUCACAAGAUUGUUUUAAACACAAUCGAUAAACUCCAGGCAACUCCAGUAACCAGUGAUAAGAUGAUGCUUAAGUUGAUUGGGAAAAUCGCCGAUACCAAGAAGUUGAAAGAUAAUGAUGGAGAAGAAGUCGCACCAAAACCGCCUAGUUUUGUAUUCUCUUUCAACAAUCGAGACGUUAUGGACAAUAUCAAAGACGCUUUGCAAAUGAUCAUCGCUCGUUACAAGGAUGAAGAGAUCUUUGAAGAAAAGAAACGAAAAGAAUCGAGUAUGGGCCCUCAACCAUCUGAGAUGGCACCUCUCAUCAAUACAUCUGCAUUGGACGAUUCACUCUCCCGUGAAAAACUGCUCAUUAAUCUAAAACUGCAACAGUCCUUACUAAAAGAAAAUAAGUCUUUAAUGAAAACCUUUCAAGAAACAGUCAUCAAUUCUGGACUACCUCCUAAGGAGUUUUGGUCUACAAGAGUCCCUUUACUACGUGCAUUUGCUCUUACUACAUCUCAGAGAACUGGACCUUACAAUGUACUUUCGACUAUCAAACCAGUUGCCUCUUCUGAUAAUAAGGUCAAUGUGAGUGUAUCAAGGGAGAAGAUUUCAACCAUCUUUCAAACCUACCCAAUUGUGAAAAAGGCUUAUGAUGAUAAUGUUCCGAAGAACUUCAAAGAGCAAGAGUUUUGGGCUCGUUUCUUCUCUUCUAAGUUGUUCCGCAAAUUAAGAGGUGAGAGAAUCAUGCAGAAUGAUCGAGGAGAUAUGAUCAUCGAUAGAUACUUGACUCUGGACCAAGAAUUUGAUAGAAAAGAUGACGAAAUGUUACAACAUCCUGUUAAGAAGCUUAUUGAUCUGGACGGUAAUCAACAAGAUGAUCCAGAGCGUCGUGGGAAUAGAGCAGAUUUCACAAUGAUUCCUGGAAUGGAUGCUAAUGGGAAUACGGACGGUGUUGUCGAUAUUUUAAAAGGUAUGAAUAGGUUGAGUGAAAAAAUGAUAAAGUCCUUGGAGAACGAAUACUCGAGGGCAACUCUUUCAGCGGAGGAUUUGGAUAAAGAAGAGAGAGAAGAGCUUCUGUACAGUGAUCUUGAAGAUAAUGAAUUUGCGAGAUAUACAGAAAUUCGCUUGAAGCAAAGAAUGGUGUCUGAACAGCCCUUGAAUAAUAUCCAAGAGUCCAAAUCAAUGCCCGCAGUAAAUGCAAAUGAAAUCGAAAAUCAAAUUGACCUAACGAUGAACGGUCUUUCACAUUCAAUUGAUCUUAAGAAAGUUUCAGGGGAUAAUAUCAAAAUUAAUAGUGCGGUCAAUCAAAGAGUGGUCAAAGCAGUCAAAAUAAAUGCAAAGCAGGCAAGACAGAAUACUUUGAGCGUUCCUAUGGGAUCUCUAUCAGGUAAUUCCAAUGCAGAUGGCAUAGAUGAGGUUGAUUCUUUUUUACCAUCAGAUUUGUUAGAAAGUUGUAGAGUUUUACAUGGUACUUGCUGCGAAUUUUUGAAGCACUUUUACUUGCAUUUCCAGAGUGGCGAAACGAAGCAGGCAAACACGGUGAAAAAGCUUUAUAAAUACUUAACGCAAUGUUUGGACAAAAUUUCUGCACUCUUGAAAGAAGUUGAGGGUAAUGAAAGCGAACAGCAUGAAGGGAUGAUUACCAACUGCAACGCUUAUUUAAGACCCGUGUUAGAGUCAUUGAAUUUAGCAAUUCAAAAAUAUGAAAACACGGUGGCAGAGGUUGAUGCUUCCAAUGUUAUAACAAUUUAA